AUGGCUCGUCAAUUCUUCGUUGGGGGUAACCUCAAAAUGAACGGUACUAAGGAUUCAAUCAAAUCAAUCAUUGAACACUUGAACAGUGCCGAUUUACCUGAAGACGUCCAAGUCGUCUUGGCUCCUCCAGCUCCUUACUUGUCAUUAGCUGUUGACACCAACACCCAUAAGAAUGUCGAAAUCUCUGCUCAAAAUGUCUACGACAAGCAAUCAGGUGCUUUCACUGGUGAAAUCUCUGCUGCUCAAAUCUUAGACUCUGGUGCCAAAUGGACAUUAACUGGUCACUCUGAAAGAAGAACCCUUAUUAAGGAAUCUGACGACUUCAUUGCUUCCAAGACCAAGUUUGCCUUGGAUCAAGGCUUAAAGGUUAUCCUUUGUAUUGGUGAAACCUUGGAAGAAAGAAAAGCAGGUGUUACCUUGGAUGUUUGUGCCAGACAAUUGGAUGCCUGCUCCAAGAUCAUCUCUGAUUGGUCCGGUAUCGUUGUUGCCUACGAACCAGUCUGGGCCAUUGGUACUGGUUUAGCUGCCACUGCUGAAGAUGCUCAAGAAACUCACAAGGGUAUCAGAGCUCAUUUGGCUAAGACCAUUGGUGCUGAACAAGCUGAGAAGGUCCAAAUCUUGUACGGUGGUUCUGUGAACGGUAAGAACGCUCCUGACUUUAAGGACAAGGUUGAUGUCGAUGGAUUCUUGGUUGGUGGUGCUUGUUUGAAGCCAGAAUUCGUUGACAUUGUUAGAUCAAGAAUCUAA